AUGUCGCCACCACGUGGAAAAGUCGCUUUCGUCACAGGCGUCAAUGGAAUCACUGGCAAUGCUCUCGUUGAGCAUCUGAUCCGACAACCCAAAUCUGAAUGGUCCAAGAUAAUCGUUACAUCGAGACGACGCAUGUCACAGAUCUUUUGGCAGGACGCUCGAGUCAAAUUUAUUCCCCUCGACUUUUUGAAGCCGGUCGACGAGCUGAUUGAGGCCAUGAAGCCUUUGUGCUACGACGUAACUCACGCAUUCUUUGCCUCAUACGUUCAUGAGUCGGACUUUUCCAAGUUGAUCAACUGCAAUGUCCCAUUAUUUACCAACUUCCUCACGGCAGUUGAUAUAGUGGCGGCAGGGAAACUACAACGCGUAUGCCUCCAUACCGGUGGAAAGCACUACGGCGCCCAUCUUGGGCCGACGGAGGUCCCACUUCAUGAAGAGAUGCCGCGAUACGAAGAUUAUGGAGAGAACUUUUACUACCAGCAAGAGGAUUUUAUGUUUGAUCUCGCGAGUAAACGUUCUUGGACUUGGAAUGUUAUCAGGCCUGAUGCGAUCAUUGGCUUUACGCCGGCAGGAAACGGCAUGUCGAUGGCAUUGACAUUGGCCAUAUAUAUGCUCUGUUGUCGAGAGAUGGGCCAAGUCCCAGUCUUUCCUGGGAACAAGCUGUUCUACUCUACUGCCGACGACAGCUCUUAUGCACCCAGCAUAGCGGAUAUGGGCGUAUGGGCUGCGACAAGCGAACAUACAGAGAACGAGGCUUUCAACCAUACAAAUGGCGAUAGUAUUGUCUGGAAGUACUUCUGGCCUAGACUUGGGAGCUACUUUGGCAUCAAUAUCCCGGAGCAACUUGAGUGGAAUGCACUCGGAGAAGACGAGCAAAUGGCCAAUAAUUUCCGAAUGGAGGACUGGGCCAAGGAUAAGAAGCAUAUUUGGGAGAGAGUAGUAGCCAGGUAUGGUGGCAGUGCUGAGGCGUUUGACUGGGGAACAUGGCAAUUCGUUGACUGGGCGCUAGGAAAGGCCUGGUCUACAUUGUCAUCUGUAUCCAAGGCCCGCAAGUUUGGGUGGAUGAGGUCUGAUGACACUUACGACACCUACGUCGAGACUUUCAACGCCUUCGAAAAUGCGGGCAUUCUGCCACUCUGCGGCCCAGCCAACCUUGCCUCAAACCCGGCAGACGCAGUGUUGAUCAGGCGGAGCAAGAUCAAAGCGCUCCAAAUUGCCAAAUUGGAUGACAGACCCCAGCAGAACGGCACCAUUCGGAACGGAACUGCCCAUAACGGCAUUGCGCAGAAUGAGCCAGAGGUUCUGGCUUAG